GCGGUGAGGUUCGGUUUGCUUCGCCACGACUCGGGUUGAGGACGGUGCGUGUGAGGGAGCGACGGUCGGCGGUGGAGCUGGGGAAAGAUUCUCUUUAACGUGAUUACGUACAAGUAAUAGUUCCUCACCAUGGCUGAAUUAUCGCCUGAAGAAAUCCAGCUGAGGGCCAACCAGGUCACCGAUGAGUCUUUGGAAAGCACAAGGAGGAUUCUUGGCCUGGCCAUUGAGUCUCAUGAUGCUGGCAUCAGAACUAUCACCAUGCUGGAUGAGCAAGGAGAACAGCUAAAUCGCAUAGAAGAAGGCAUGGACCAGAUAAAUAAGGAUAUGAGAGAAGCUGAGAAGACACUGACAGAGCUCAACAAAUGUUGUGGGCUCUGUGUCUGUCCUUGUAACAGGACAAAGAACUUUGAGGCUAGCAAGGUAUACAGAUCAACCUGGGGAGAUGGAAAUGAGAACUCGGCAGAUCAUGUGAUAUCCAUGCAACCAAGAAGAAUAAAUCAGCAGCAGUUUCAGACUGCCCGAGGACCAAGUGGUGGAUAUAUAACAAGGAUAACAAAUGAUGCCAGAGAAGAUGAAAUGGAUGAAAAUCUUGCUCAAGUGGGAAACAUUCUUGGGAAUUUGAAAAACAUGGCUUUGGAUAUGGGCAAUGAGAUUGAUGCCCAGAAUAAACAAAUAGACCGGAUAAAUGAAAAGGCUGAUACAAACAGAGAACGAAUUGACCAAGCCAACAUCAGAGCCAAGAAACUAAUUGACAAUUGAAGCCUGCUGUCAUUGUUAAUGACACUGUCUCUCCAGCUGCAAGCCACCAUAUUCAUGGAUCUGUGAAACUUCUCCUAUUCUGAAAUAAGAGGGGCUGGGUAAAAUGAAGCAGAACCCUUUCUGUAGGGAUUAAUUGUCUUUUAUUUUUUUAUAUUGCUUCAUGUAAAUGUGGCCUAGACUCCAAGAAAGCAGCCAACGACAUAACUUCCUCCUACCCAUUUGCCUUCACUAUCUUUAAACUGCUCAGGGCUAAGAGUGUUAUGACUUUGAGAACCUUUGCAUGUUUCUUAUUUUUCCUUUUUCCCCUGCACCCAAAAUACUCUUGAAGUUGAACAAGCAGAGUAACCUGAAUUUACAGUUGUGGGAAGUUGGAGAGGGCACUUUGCACUGUUUGAAAUACCUCAUAAAUUGAGUGUCUUCACUAAAAUAGGGACUUGGUGAAUAUUGUCUGACUUGUAUCUCUAGCAUGCUAAUGAUAAUUUUACAGUCUAAACCACAUGAUUGGUUUGGGGUUGAGUUUGUCAGUUACAGAACUGAAGAGGCCCACUAAGUACUCAUGGGUUGAGGGCUUUAAAACACUCCUAACCACAUGAACAUUAGUGUAAGGGUAACUGGAGGAAUAUAGAUGUUGCCAUUGGUUUGGAGGCUAUGCCUAGAAAACAUGCUGCAUUGUCCUGAUAAUAUUUGUUGUAAGUAUAUAUAUAUAUACCUGCUCUAAACCCCACGUGCAUGUGAGUAGAACAAAAUAAAAUGAUCUCCCUGAAGUAUUUAUUUGAUGGAAAAAUGUAUGCCCCUGAUCUAAAAGUUACCUUUUAAGUGUUUGAAUUAUGUAUCUUAACUGGAAGAAACUGAGCAGAAAAGUAUGUGUGUAUCAUCCUGUAUCAGAGUCCAUUUUGGCCAGUUUUCACUGGAGUUCAGUUUAUGCCUUUCUCCAGGUGCAAAAUAAUGACUCUGAUGCGGUGCAGGGCUUGCUCUCUGCAGUGACUUUGGGGGAGCUUCUCAAAUGUACUGGAAACAGAGAAGCUUAUCAUGAAACUUCUUUUGUCACAAGUGUGGAGGAAGCAGUAUCUAUUUAUGAACUGUAUGCUAGUUCUAAAUAAACUAGUUUUAAAUAGAUUCCUGACUGAUUUAUUAUUGCAGGGCAUGAGACCUGCAGUUGGAAAUAUUACAUGUUCAAGUUGCUUGCAACCAAAAUGUUCCUGUUGCAGUAUAGAGGAGUUUCUGACCAGGUGAGGUAAAGCUGUCAUAGGAGUUAAGAAAAAUGGUUUGAUUUUACUGUACUUUAAUCAGAUUUAUUUCUAGGGUUUUCUUUAAAAAUUCGGCAAAUAAAUUACAAGCGAUGCAUAUAAUUGCAAUAAUGCCUGUCUUAAAGGUGAAAAUGGGGCUUUGGACUAACUUGUGAUACUUAAUGUUGGAUGGCAAAAGUCUUCAAAUUGAUUGGAAGAAUAAUUAAAACUAAUAGCAUUAUUGGGUGAUUUGUUUGGAAGCUCAGCCCACAAGUAUCCUGUAACUAUUGAUAAUCCCAGGGCUGUUGAGAUGACACUAAUCUGCUGAAAUACAGUGGUUUUUUUUUCUUUAUAGUAGAAAUACAAUCAGCAUUACUGGUAUAUUCUCAGUUCAACUAAAGGGAAAAAAGUCACACCAAAAAACCCAACAAAACAAGAAAAGUAACAAAAAAUAUGCUUCACUCACAAAAAAAAAUGACAAAAGGACAGAGCUGCUGCUUAUAAUAAAUAGGCCAGUGGUAGACCUUAUGUGAAUAAGGUAAAGUCAUAUUUAGGGGACUGUGGAUAUUUCACUAGUGUGUGUUGGCUUCUGUCUAGCUUCCAAUAAUUGUUGGAAUGCUAAUCAAUUUUAAAAGCUCAUUAUCUACCCCCUUAGUAAAUGAAGAUUUAUGUGCUUAAAAAAUACAAGUAGCAAAGAAGUACUUUUAAGAAUAUCACACAGUAAAUUUCUAACAACCACUUGUGUGGGAAAGCACAAGACAUUUGUAUGCCUUUUUUCCCUUUCUUACAAACUUCAGGUUAACUGAAGAGAUAUUUGCUGCUGGUUGUGAAAGUAAAGUAUAUUGUAUUGAAUUAUAGUUGUCUCCUGGAACAGAAGACUAAAGGGGUUACAUUACUCUGCUUACAACAGUGCAAACCUGCUCUGUAGCAUGUGGAUUCCAAGCAUUGGAAUGUUUUUCUCCCUUGCCAUUCAAAGUCCAUGUUCUUGUCUACCCUGAGCAAUAACAACAAAUUGGCAUGUUGGCUGAGAGAAUGCUGUGAUUGAUAUCUCAGAACCAUAAUGUAGCAAUGUAUACCACACGAAGUAAAUUCUGAGGCUCUAAGCUUGAGUAUUAGUGGAAUAUCAACACUAUUUUCUGGUGCAGCAAGAGCCAAAUCCACGCAGGAUUUGGUAACUGUUAGCAAACAACACAGACUGCUUCUUGGAUUGUCUUGCUGUUUGUAGAAUAGUUGCUUAAUUUCCAUUUCUAUGGGAUGGAAUCAAUGCUUGUACAUCUUUGUAUUUCUGAAUGCUAAUAUGAAUGAAGGUUUACAUUUUCUGCUUUUGAUUGUUAAACUAUAUAUUGUGCACAAAAAAUACAUACUUUUAUAACUGAGUGUGUUUUAAAACUAUUUUCUCUUAGGAAUGGCUUUUAGUUUCCUGUCCUUGAAAAACUUGGCAGAACUAGUUGCUACUAUACAAGUAGGAAGUUCCCUUUCUAUUUCUAGUUCACAGAAAUCCUAAUGCUAACAAAGGAAUGGGUGUGGUUGGGAAGAGAAGACUAUUGUGAUCUAACACUAGUUUUCAUCCCUUCAUAAAAAACAUCAUGUAACUUCAACCGAUGAAAUGUAUCCAUCUCUUUGAAAGACUGAUUUGACAUGGGACUGGACAUCAGGGUGUAUGGGAAUUGCACUUUAAGUCAAGUAUCAGUAACAGAUGCCUUGCAAAUACUGAAAUCCAGUGAUUUAA